AAGCCCUGCCUUGCCGCGGAGCCUCCCCGCCCUCGCCCUCUUUGCAGGUGGUGCGCCGCUGCCGCCGGCCGGGCUCACUGCUCCUGCCGGGCACACGCGCUGCUGUGCUGCUGCUCCUGCCGAGGAGAGCCGCGCCGCCUCCCCGCCCCUGCUGCUUCCACGCUCUCCCUUAGCUCCCGGCCUCAAACUUUGCCCAUUCCGGGCUGUAAUCCGUUUGCAUCGCAGCCGUCCCCUGCAGCAGCGCCCUGCCGGAGCGUGGCGGGAGAUGCGCCCUCCGCUCUAACCAGAGCGUUUACACAUAAGUGGGAUCUGCCUCUGCUGGGAUCGGGGCCGGGUUCCAUCCCCGGGAGCUCCUGCGUUCUGAGUGGCGGCAGCUGCACCAUCCCUGGGAAGUCAGCCCCAGAAGAGCCAGGAUUUCCCCCCGUCCUUCUUCCCACUCUUCUUGCAAUAGCUGUUGGAAGUCACAGGCUCUCUCCGGAGCCCGAGAUCUUGCAUCGCCCUGCCUAGGUCCCACUGAUUUUUGCCUGUGGGUUGGGGACUUUUUAUUAGCCCUCCCCCCCUUGCCAUCUGCUUUCCCCGGAGUGUUUGUUUUUUUAGGGGGGCGGGGAGGCAGCGAUGCUUGGGGGAAGGUGGGACUGAGCUUCCUCACCCCCCAUUCCGUGCACCGUGCCCGCAAACAGCUAGCGAGCGCCGGGCAAAAGGAGAGAUCCCGCUUUGCAGCCCGGGGUCAACGGGACCUUGGGAUUGUCCUUUGCGCUGCAGGUUGGGGGGCUCGGCGGAGAAGGAGGAUGCAUUUCUUUCCGUGGGGAUUUUGGCUUCUGUGUGUCGCCGCCUCCUCGGCUCGGGGUGACAGUGGCAGCAAAGCGAAGAGCUGCACCGAGGUCCGGCAGUUUUAUGCGACCAAAGGAUUCAGCCUGCACGGGGUACCCCAGGCGGAGAUCUCAGGGGAACACCUGAGAAUCUGCCCGCAGGGCUACACCUGCUGCACCAGCGAGAUGGAGGAGAAUUUUGCAAAAAAAAGCCAAAGUGAAUUUGAAGACAUGAUGACAGAAGCCAGCCGCUCUGCACAGGUGACCCUAACAUCUCAGUACAAAAACUUUGAUGGUUAUUUCCAGGAUUUGUUGAACAAGUCAGAGAAGGCCCUCUAUGACACUUUUCCUAGCAUGUAUGGAGAGCUAUACAGCCAGAACGUCAAGCUCUUCAAGGACUUGUACAGCGAGCUGCGGCGCUAUUACCGGGGCUCCAACAUCAACCUGGAAGAGGCCCUCAACGAGUUCUGGACACGCCUGCUGGAGCGCCUCUUCAAGCUGAUGAAUCCCCAGUACCACAUCACUGACGAGUACCUGGACUGCAUGGUGAAACACUCGGAGCAGCACAAACCCUUUGGAGAAGUUCCGAGGGACCUGAAGCUGAAGGCGACAAGAGCUUUCAUCGCAGUGCGCUCCUAUGUGCAGGGGCUUAGCGUGGGCAGUGACGUUGUCAAAAAGGUCUCUCAGGUGUCUCUUAGCCAUGAGUGCACUCGUGCCAUAAUGAAGCUGGUGUACUGUCCGUAUUGCCGGGGCAUGUCUAGUGUGAAGCCAUGCAACAACUACUGCCACAACGUCAUGAAGGGCUGCCUGGCCAAUCAAGCAGACCUGGACACGGAAUGGAGGAACCUGAUUGAUUCUAUGCUGCUGGUGGCUGACCGGUUUGAUGGACCAUCCAAUGUAGACACUGUAAUUGGUACCAUUCACACCCGGAUUGCUGAAGCCAUUUCUAACAUGCAGGAAAACAGAGAGUCUAUCACAGCCAAGGUUUUCCAAGGUUGUGGAAAUCCCAAAAUCAGCACAAAAGCAUCCAGUGGAGAGGAUAAGAAAAGAAGGGGAAAAGCUGUCACCGACGACAAAUCCUCAGGGCUUGGACUGGAGAAGCUAGUUUCUGAUGCCAAAGGGAAGCUGAGAGAUAUCAAGGAUUACUGGGUUGCCCUUCCAAGCACAAUUUGCAAUGAGAAAAUAACAUCCAGCUCGGUGAACGAGGACAAGUGCUGGAACGGAAUGGCCAAGGGGAGGUAUUUACCAGAGGUGAUGGGAGAUGGUCUGGCCAAUCAGAUUAAUAAUCCAGAGGUAGAGGUGGACAUCACCAAGCCAGAUAUGACCAUUCGUCAGCAAAUCAUGCAGCUCAAGAUCAUGACAAACCGACUGCGCAAUGCUUACAAUGGGAAUGAUGUGGACUUCCAGGAUGCUAGUGAUGACAUCAGUGGCUCUGGGAGCGGUGAUGGCUGCCCUGAUGAAGUCUGCGGCAAAAGACUUUCCAAGAACCCCAGCACCAGGCAGCCAGAAGUACAUGCUAUUCCUAACCAGUCUGGACGUGGCGUAAAGGGGGGCAGCAGCAAAUUUUUGCCUUCCUCCUUGCUAAUCUUCCUUUCUGUGGCUGUUAUUGCAACGCAGUACUUGCGGCGGUAACUUACUUGCACAGCCAUGAAAGAGACUAUGGCUGAGGUCUUAACUUUGCCAAAAAAAAACAAACAAAAAAACAAGGACAAUAUUUAAUUCAUUUUGGCAAAAAAGAGGGAGAAAAAAAAGGUCUCAAUUGUUUGUGA